AAUGCCAGCCCCAAACUCCACGCUGGUUUUUCUGACCUCAGUUUGCUGCACAUGUGGAGAUCGGUGUGGGGCAGGAAGAAUGGGAUAAUGGAAUGACAGGGGCUGGUUUUAAGUUUGUUUUUUUCCCUGCAGUAAUUCCUGUUCUAACAAACAGUUGCUCUGGAUGGAGCUGCAGUCUGGCAGUUUGGAGGUGUCUUGGGGCACUGGGAGGAGGAAAUACAGGAAUUGUAAACAGGAUACUCAGGCACCAUAGGAAGUAACACCAAGUUUUCCUUUCUUUUCAGUCCAUGGAGGAUGGGAUUUUUCUACUAUAAAAGAGCAAAGCCUGGAGCAGCUCUGCUGAAUCUCACUCUGAAUUAUUGAAAUGGGAUUUUGUGAGGGAUGGCUGCUGGAGAUCUGCUGGUAGCAUCCCUGCAAGGAGAGAGAAUAUUCUGAAUUUUCUCACACUAAACAGGUUUAUUCCAUUACAUUCCUCCCCUCUUGGACUGACCCCCCAUUUAAAUACAGGAUUUAAAGCUUUGCCCUGCCUGAAAUAUAGAGAAAACUACUUUCUCAUCCUCUAUUUACUUACCUUUUAAAAAUAUAUUGUUUUACUUUUUCCCAGCAAGGUGAGAGCAGUGGUGACUGUGGUGUCCGUGAAGAGCAUCCCACUGCUUUCAUCCAUAGCGGAAAAGAAGGAAAGGGAAUUUUUACACUCGGAAAAUUCAAUCUGUGGACUCAUCCUACAGAAUUUAAAGCACAUGGCUGGGUUUCAAAGCCACUUGUCAGCUUGUUUAAACACCUCAGGGUUCCAUAGGUAAACAAGCCAGGCUGUAUUUUAAAGCCCAUAAGUUAACUAGACAAUUGCUGGCAGGCAAUUCCCAGAGAUUAGACGCUGGAUAAAACAGGAUUUGACCUUGGGCUGUCUGGAGCAGAGCAGGGAGAAGAGUCAGGUGAUGGAGCAUCUUUUUUAUUAUGAGAGGAGUAUCUGGGUCAGGCUGCUGGCAACAAGCACUUGCUCAGGAGCAAAGGUGAGAGUUCCAAAGGCACCUUUCAAACCUGAGUCUUGAGGAGCUGCCAAAAUCCAGGCCAGGUUGGGAAGUGAGGUUUCCACUGGGCUCCCAGGCUGGGUGAGGUUUCAGAGGACACCCAAUCCCUCUGAGACCUCCCCAGCAGGACCCAGAGAGCAGCCUGGAACAGGAGAGCGUGGCACACCUGGGGCUCACACACCCAGGGAAUCACAUUCCAGCAUCAACACAAACUCCUGAUGGGGAUAACAGGGAGUGUCUGCACUGGGACAGAGCUCCAAGCCAAGGAUUUAAUGCUUUAGGCUGAGAGUUAAGCCAAGGCUCAGCUAUUCCUGUUGGAGCUCAUGUGAGCAUUCCAGUCCAAUCCAGGCAAGACCUUUCCUUUUUUUCCUUCCACUACAGAUCCAAAGAGAGUUCCAAUCCCACAUUUGAGAUUUUACUCCUGUCCUUCUCAUAAAUUUAAAUAUUUGAUAUAGUUUUUUUCAGCUUGUUUUCCAAUAAAGCUCAUUUAACCACGAUUUUAGUGGGAAAAACCUCCACAGGAGAGAUCUCCAAGAUCCAAUUCAUCUUUUUGGAUGGCCAAAGGAUGACAUCAUCUGGGAAAGGAGAUUUGGGCAUCCUCCUUUCCUGCUACUUUGCCAGGUGCAAAGUUGAGGUGCUGCCUGCUCCCAGGGUCACAGCAGCAGUUUUUGGGAAGCCUGUGGUUCCCCAGGAAUUCCCAGGAUGAAAAGAUCCAUGAGGGAGAUGCGGUAGGAAGGAGUCCAGCCACCUCCCUGGAAUGUGUUCCUUUGGGAAGGGACGAGCUCCCUGCCUUAUUUUAUGGAUGUCUCUGAAGUAGACUUUGAAGGCCUUUGGAAGCCCAUCCCAGACUUGGCAUGGGAAACCACAGCAACAACCAUACCUGCCUGACAGAUGAUUCCUUCAAGUACAACCUGUACGGGGCCGUGUACAGCGUGGUCUUCAUCCUCGGCUUGAUCACAAACUGCGCCUCCCUCUUCGUUUUCCUCUUCCGGAUGAAGAUGCGGAGCGAGACGGCCAUUUUCAUGACCAACCUGGCGGUUUCAGACUUGCUUUUUGUCUUCACUUUGCCCUUCAAGAUUUUUUACAAUUUCAACAGGCACUGGCCCUUCGGGGACUCCCUGUGCAAGAUCUCGGGCACGGCGUUCCUCACCAACAUUUACGGGAGCAUGUUGUUCCUCACCUGCAUCAGCGUGGAUCGCUUCCUGGCCAUCGUGUAUCCCUUCCGCUCCCGCACCAUCCGCACCAGGAGGAAUUCCGCCAUCGUCUGCGCCGGCGUUUGGAUCCUGGUCCUCAGCGGCGGAAUUUCGGCCUCGCUCUUCUCCACGACCAACGUGUCCAACACCAGCACCACCUGUUUCGAAGGGUUCUCCAAAAGGAUCUGGAAAACCUACCUGUCCAAGAUCACCAUAUUUAUUGAGGUGGUGGGAUUCAUCAUCCCUCUGCUGCUCAACCUCACGUGCUCCUCACUGGUCCUCCGGACUUUACGGAAGCCGGCCACCCUGUCCCAGAUUGGGACCAACAAGGAGAAAGUGCUGAAGAUGAUCAUCGUGCACGUGGCCAUUUUCGUCGUGUGCUUUGUCCCCUACAACUCCAUCCUGUUCCUGUACGCGCUCGUGCGCUCCCAGGCCAUCGCCAACUGCUCCCUGGAGAGGUUUGCCAGGACCAUGUAUCCCAUCACGUUGUGCAUCGCCACCCUCAACUGCUGCUUCGACCCCUUCAUCUACUACUUCACCUCCGAGUCCUUCCAGAAGUCCUUCAACAUCAAAACCCAGAUCAAGAUGGAUUCUCUUUUCAAGACAGAGAUGCCGCUCACAAAGACGGCGCUGCCAGCACCGCAGGAUGAGAUCAGUGACCAGGCCAUCACCAACGGAGGAGAUCCCACAUCUGAAUCCCAUUUCUAGGGAGAUGUUUACACAGGGAGUUAUCCCCCAUUAACUCCUGAUUAGCACCACGUGGCAAAGAGCAGUUCCAGAAAACGGGGGUUCACACGUGGCGUUAAGGAAGAAAAGCUGCUGGGGGACGACAGAUCCUCGCACUGGGAUGGUCCCGUCACAUUCCGCAGGUGAACACGAAGGAUGAAAACCCCAAUGGAUCUCCCUUGGGAGAUUAUGGAUAGGCUACAACACAUGCAUCAACUCAGGAGGGAACAGAACAGCUUCUUUAGCCAGGAGAUGCCAACAUUUGGCAUUUCUCCCCCUCAGCAGUUGACAUGGGACCAGUUGGGAAAUAGAAAAUUUCAUUUCCUUAGAGAUUCCUGCCAAUGUUUCCGCCUUCUGGAGGUGCAUCCUCAUCCUCAUAUGUUAACUCAGUAACUUCCCACAAUAUGUAUGUUUGCUUACAAAGGCAUAAUAAAAGCUUGUGGCUUUUCCUUACUCCACUGCCAGAGUGUAGAGCCUGGUUAUCCUACAGACUGGAAUUUGCAGAGAGGUUUGAAGUGUAAAUAAUUGUUUAGCAAUUAGGCAAAAGAGUUGCUUGGUGACAGAAAAAGAUAAGAAGAAAAAAAAAAGAGAAUUAUUACUGAAGUUUUGAAAUAUGAAGUUUCAUUUUUAUCAGAUUAAGCUGUCAUUUAAUUUAUUUGAUUGUUUUUUAUGCCACAUCUGGGGAGGAGUAAAGACCUCAUUAAUGAUCUUUUGCACCUGGGUUUUUAUAUCCCAGGGGAUUUUAUGACUAUUUCUGGGAAGGGCUGGACUGUAAAGUCAGCUGGAGAAGGGCCUGAAACCCCAGAGUUUUCCCAAGGGCAAAGCUCCCAUACAGAAGCUGAAGGCCCAGGAGUGCUGAUCCCACUGAAAUAUGGACAAGUGGUGUCAGAGCACACAAUCAAGGCAUGGUCUGUGAUUGCUUAAUGGGUUUUUAGUGCCUCAAAGUAACUCAAAAAACAAUUUGCUGCACUCUUUGCUUAGCUGGUUACAGCAAUAUUGUCUUGUUUUCCAAUUAAUUUAUUACCUUUCCUUUUAAAGAUUACAGAAAUAUAUGGAAAAUUAAUUAUUUGUAUGUGUUGCAUUUUACCACCUGGUUCCUUUCUCCAGUUCUUGGCUUGUGUUUGAAGCUCUACAGCCCUUCCCAGGCUGGUUCAUUCUCAAGUGUAAGACACAGAAAUGAGGAGAACAAUUUAAUUUAAAAAAAUAUAAAGUUACAACUUGUUAGCUCAGCAAUCUACAUUACCAUGGUAAAGCUACUUCUAGGACUACAUUGCCAAAAAAAGAGACAAAUUAUAAAUUGAACAGAUGUUUUCCACUUAACUCUAUUUUAAGUCUCUCUGAUGAAGCCUCGUGAGAUACGAGAGCAACACCUCAAAUGUGAUCAUUUAAAGCAACAGAGGUUUAAGUGUGAGAAGAAUUCAGCUGUAAAAUGUUAAUGCUUCCAAGGGAAUAUUUAUUUAGCACUGCAUUCACUUUGAAUAAAGAAGUCAGUGGCUAACCGAG